CUAGACAAUUUUUUUUCUUGGCGGAAAUGAUCUUCCAUACAAAGAUGACAAAAAAAAAAUAUUUCUCCAGCUGUGAGCUAACAAUAGCUAAAUGUGGAGCUACUGUACCAUUUCCACACGGUUCUACAUGGAGUGUGGAGUCUCUAUUAGUUUUAUAAUAAGUGAGGAGGAAGAGGAGGACCGUGUGUUUGAACUGCGAACUAAGGAGGCAGGUAGAAUCCAACAGGUGCGUCAUGUAGAACUUCGUACCCGGAAGGAAAAAGACUCAAACAAAGAGACUCCGUCUUCAGCCUCGACGACGGAAAGUCGGCAUAGAGAACAUGGCUCUGGAGCCCUGACAGCUGAACUGCACUGAUCAAGUAUUGAUGGAGCCAGGAGCAGAGCCUGAUAGUUUGAGUCCUGUGCCAAAACACAAGCUUUGAUUUUAGUCUGCAGCUUAAUGAAGUCUACCGGCACACAGAAUGAAUAGUUGCUACCCAGUUAUGGAAAUCUAACACACGUGAUCUUGUUGACUGUCACUAUGGGGCUUAUUGCUAGGAUACCACAGAUGAGCUGCCUGCAUUUUUAUGUCUCUGUAGAUUUGAAUGUCACUUCCUCUUUUCUUCUUCUUCUUCCUUAUCUUGAAGGAUAAUGUUUUAAUUUGAAUGUUUUAUUAAGUAAUAAAUACAUUAAAGUAAUAAAA